AUGAGGGAUAACGGUGAAACAACGCCAUCAUCUUGUCGAAGUAGUGGUUUUUACGGGUUUUGCUUGCAGGUGAUUGAUGCCACACAAAUGGGAAAUUUGGCUCGUUUCAUCAACCAUUCAUGCCAACCGAAUUGCUAUGCAAAAAUUGUUUCGGUUGAAGGUGAAAAGCGUAUUGUUAUCUACAGUAAGCAGCCGAUCAAUAAGGGCGAUGAGAUAACAUAUGAUUAUAAAUUUCCGAUUGAAGAGAACAAAAUUGACUGCCUCUGUGGGGCACCGUCAUGUCGCGGGUCGUUGAAUUAG